AUGGAUGUUGAUAAGCAAGAAACAAUGGAGGAGACCAUCCUUGUUGGUGAUGAUCUCAUGCGCGGGCCGCCAUCCCCUGUCAUACCGAAAGAGAUCGCAUCACAUGUCCUUGAAGGUGUUGAGCUUUGUGAUGGUAUACUCAGGAACCUUUUCUUAUGCCUACAAAUCAAUGAUAUUGAGCCAUUCUGCCAAGAUGAAAUUGUGUUAUACCGACAAUGUGCUGAGAAAAGGGACAAGGAAAUAAGAGAGCGGAUGCAAAAUAGUGAAUAUAAAUUGGGUUUUUCAAUGCCCCUGGAACAAGCGAAGGAGAGAGCUACUCAACUCCAAUCAGAAGUAACACUGCUAGAAAGGCGCAUGAUUCUUGCUAGUGGACUUGAGGGUAUGGAAGGAUUUCGACAGAGAUGGAGCUUGCACGGACAGCUUGAAGAUACAAGGAAAAGGCUAGAAGCACUGAACCAUGGCAUGGCAAAACGAGAGAACCAAAGUUCUACAGGGGAGAGGACAAAAUCUCCAGCUGGGAAGAAGUGGUUCUUUUGGUAG